CUCCGAUUGUGUUGUUGUAGUAAGACAUCAAUUUAUCUGGAAAAAGAGAAACAUGGUUUAUCACUCUAGUUUUGUGGAUGAAGAGGGUAUUACUAAUGCUUGUGGGUGCCCUCUACUCCCUCUAAAAAGCCAUAUAAAGGGUCCUGCUCCAGCUUCUGAUCAAGAUAGAACUGAUAUUGUUGAUGAAGCAAUCACAUUCUUUCGCGCCAAUGUUUUCUUCCGAAACUUUGAUAUUAAGAGCUCGGCGGACAAGCUUCUCAUCUAUUUGACGUUAUACAUUAAUGUGGCUUUGAAGAGGCUCGGAGGUUGCAGAACUUUGGCUGAAGGAACCAAGGCGAUCAUCAACUUGGGUCUGGAAAAGGUUCCGGUCCCCGGGGAGUCUGGUUUUCCUUUUCCAGGCCUAUUUCCCCUUCCUCAGUCUAAGCAGGAAGCAGAUCUGCUGAGGAAUUAUUUGAAGCAGAUAAGGGAGGAAACAAGUGGGAGAUUAUUGAGUGUUGCAUAUAGACCCAAUGGCACUCCAAAUAAAUGGUGGUUGGCUUUUGCCAAAAGGAAAUUCAUGAAUAUCAUUGUACCAUGAACAUUGUACGAAAUCAGGUAGCAUGCUUGCUUCUUGUGAGUUGAGUAUAAAUUGAGUGUGGGCUUAGCUACUCCCUGGUUGCCUUCUUUUUCUUUGAAGAAUCUUGAACCAAGUAAUUGAACUGGUGGAUAAUGCACCCUUGUGCAAUAUUACAGUUGUAUAAAGGACCAACUUCUUUAU